AAGAAGAUUUUCCAAGCGCACGCCCCACACACACUCUCUCUCUAGAAAAGCACUCAACAAAAAUGGGGACACGAUGAGUGUGAGAGAGAAAGAGACAAAGAAGAAGAAGAAGAAGUUGUAGAGAGAGAGAGAAGGCGAAUCCACCGCAAUGCUUCUUCGAUUUCUUCUGCUUUGGAUGCUCUGUUUUGCUUGUGUUUCCUUUGCUGCACGGCAAGCACCAUUUGCUAUGCGCUUGAGCUGUGGGGCUCGUCAAAAUGUACAAACAAGAGUAACCAAUACCCUUUGGCACGAAGAUAUUGGGUAUACAGGAGGCAUAGCCGCUAAUGCAUCUCGUCCAAGCUACAUUACCCCACCACUCAGCACUCUUCGCUAUUUUCCUUUGUCUGAAGGUCCACAAAAUUGUUACAUCAUUGAUAGAGUGCCAAAGGGUCACUACUCAGUCAGGAUCUUCUUUGGACUUGUUGGUCAGAUUAGAGAUGGCAAUGAACCCCUAUUUGACAUUUCUAUUGAAGGCACGCAAAUAUAUUCUCUGAAAUCGGGUUGGAUGCAUCAGAAUGAUCAAGUAUUUGCUGAGGCGCUAGUGUUUCUUACAAAUGACUCUAUCUCAAUCUGUUUCCAUAGCACUGGUCAUGGGGAUCCAGCAAUCCUUUCUAUCGAGAUCCUUCAAAUUGAUGAUAAGGCUUAUUUGGUCCCCCAGUUGAGUCAAAGGAUAAUACUUAGAACAGUUAAAAGACUGAGUUGUGGCUUUGGGCAGUCAAAGUUUGACGUAGAUUAUAGUGGGGAUCCUUGGGGAGGGGACAGAUUUUGGCAAAGUAUUAAAACUUUUGGUCAGGGUUAUGAAUCUGAUCAACCAAGGUCUGUUGAAACUAUGAUCAAACAUGCUUCGCAUUCACCAAACUUCUAUCCAGAAACUCUUUAUCAGUCAGCUCUUGUUAGUACUAAUAGUCAGCCUGAUUUAACAUAUGCAUUGGAGGUGGAUCCCAACAGAAACUAUUCUGUUUUGUUACAUUUUGCAGAGAUUGAUAAUUCAGUGACUGCAGCGGGGCAAAGGGUCUUUGAUAUUAUAAUAAACGGUGAUCUUGCUUUCAAAAAUGUUGACAUUGUAGAAUUGAGUGGGGAUCUCUAUACGGCCCUUGUGCUUAAUACAACUGUUACUGUUAAUGGGAGGAUUCUGACAAUAACAUUGAACCCAAAGGAAGGGAGUCUCGCCAUAAUCAAUGCCAUUGAGAUAUUUGAGGUUAUAAUGGCCGAGUCAAAAACUAUAUCAGAGGAAGUUCGGGCUUUACAAACAUUGAAGAAAGCAUUGGGGCUUCCACCCAGGUUGGGAUGGAAUGGUGAUCCUUGUGUUCCUCAACAACAUCCAUGGAGUGGAGUGGAUUGCCAAUUAAACAAAAGUAGUGGCAGCUGGGUCAUUGAUGGACUUGGUCUUGACAAUCAAGGUCUGAAAGGUUUCUUGCCAGAUGAUAUAUCCAGACUACUUAAUCUACAAAUCCUAAACUUGAGUAGGAACAACAUCCACGGAGCAAUUCCAUCCUCACUUGGUACAAUAACUGGUCUGCAAGUGCUUGACCUAUCCUACAACGUUUUCAAUGGAUCAAUUCCAGAAAGCCUUGGACAGUUGACAUCAUUACAAAGACUGAAUCUUAACAGCAACCUCCUGUCUGGAAAGGUCCCAGCAACUCUAGGAGGAAGAUUACUGUACAGAGCUAGCUUCAAUUUUACUGAUAAUGCAGGUCUUUGUGGUAUACCUGGAUUACCUACAUGUGGGCCUCAUCUUUCUGCCGGUGGUAAAAUCAGCAUUGGAUUAGGGGUUUCUUUUACAUUUCUCCUCCUUAUUAUCUGUUCAGUUUGUUGGUGGAAAAGGAGGCAUAAUAUCCUCCGAGCUCAGCAAAUAGCAGCAAGAGCAGCCCCAUAUGCAAAAGCCAGGACCCAUUUUUCACGUGACAUUCAAAUGACAAGGCAUCAUAAUAAUCAAGGCAAAACCUACACCGCAGCUGAGAAUGGGCCCAUUUUGCUUUCAUGAUGACACACAUCAUUAUAUUACCUUUUGAGUCUUGGUAUUCCUCUGUUUACCUGCCAUCAAGUUGUUUUUUUUUUUUUUUUUUAAUUUAGAUUGCAGAAUCGCCCUACUAAUAUAAUCUGAUCCACCAUCUGAUGGUGCGUCACUUCCACACCGUAUAUACUGAGAGUUUCUUGAGACAAGACACUUCUUACACGCUGAGAACUUCCGAAAAUUGUAAAUCAGAAAAUUUUGUUCA